AUGCCUGCUGCUUGGCCGACGUCCCUGGCACGCUUGGGGCUGUUGCGGCAGCAUGGGGUCAAACCCGACGUGGUGGACGUCACGCAGGCUUUGGCGGGCUGUGGUGGCAAUGCCUGGCCCGUGGCUUUGUCCGCUCUUCGGGAGGUUGCCAUCUUCAGAUUGCAGACCGACGUGGUCUUUUUUGGCGCCCAGUUCUGUGCGCUGCGCAGCGCUUGGAUGAUGGCACAGGCGUUGCUUGUGGUACUGGAGGCCUCCGGAAUCUUCGUCAACACCCUUGCUCUGAACGCGCUGCUGGCUGCUUUGGGCCAACGUGCCUGGAGUGCGGCGGCGAAGCUCCUGAUGGAGGAGCAGGUGCUUCGAAAUGUCAUCUCUUUCAGCACCCUCGUCACUGCCUGUGGCGAUGCAGAUGAGUGGUGGCGCGCCCUGCGCCUGUUUUCCCAGGUUCCUCAGAGCCGUUUGCAAUCGAACCUGGUCAUUUUCAAUGCAGCUGCCACUGCUGCUGCUUCUGGUGCCGACUGGAGAGGAGCGACGAUUCGCCUCAGAGACCUGCAGAUACCCGCAGACAUCAUCACCUACAAUGCGACGCUGAGCAGCUACGAACCGAAGGAGUGGCCGCGAGCUUUACAAUUCCUUGCGGCGUUGCGCUGUCAUAGGCACCUCAAGGGUAACGCGGUGAGCUACAACGCCUGCAUCAACAUCUGUGAGAAGAGUGCUCGCUGGGAGCAGGGGCUGUGGCUUUUCAAAAGAUCGCCCCAGCCUCUUAAUGCAGACCUUGCUGGCGCCAACGCCGCAGCCUCGGCCUGCGGCCGCGGCAGCUGCUGGCAGCUGACUAGGCUCCUCUUCGAGCGUCUGGCGACGAAGCUCUGCAAGACGGACCAAAUCAGCCGCCACGUGAACAUUUCUGCCUGCGAGCGCAGCGGGCAGUGGCAGCAGGCGCUGUGGCUGCACGUGUGGCAGCACCAGGACAGCUUGCGUGCCAGCGCUGUCUCGUACAAUGCGACCAUCAGCGCUUGUGAGACGGCCGGGAGUUGGCAUCAGGCACUGGCACUCCUCGGGCAGAUGGAGGAGGCGGUUGAAGCCGAUGUCGUCACCUUCGGUUCUUUAGUGUCUUCCGUCGGUCGCGCAGCGCAGUGGCAGCAAACAGUGGGUUGGCUGCGUGCGGCACAGAUUCCAGGCCGUGAUGCAACAUUGAUCUUGGGCGCCGCCAUGUCCAGGACGGCGCAGGCCUCGCAGUGGCAGCACACGAUGGUGCUCCUGGAGGAGGUCGGGGCGGACCCCGACGUCGCAGCCGUGGAGGCACAGGGAGAUGCCGAGAAGCAGCAGAGGAGUCAUGCUGAGGACAAUGGUGAAGAUGAGGAUAUGGAUGAACAUGAAUGUGCGGUCGUGGACAUCAGUCAUCAGUCCGUCAGAAUCGAGAAGCAGGCUGGUGGUGAUGCCGCCUUUGCAAUCCACAUCUUGGUGCAGCUGCGCGUGGCCACGCGAAGGAUCCGGCGAUUGCGUAGUGAGGGUGCAGUUUGCCCCGUGGUCCGCCCUCCUCCUCGCGCUGGCAACCCCAAGCGUGGCAAGCUUGCUGCCCUCUCCCCGCAAGCGGUCUCCAAGGCCCAGAUCCAAGGGCCAAGUCAAGGACAAGGGUGCCUCCUCCAGGAGCUGGAGGAGGAGGAGAGGGAUUUGUGCGGUUUGAGCGCUUUGUUGGGGAACACUUUGACUGUGGACGGAGAGCCGAAGUCUGUUCAUAGCAGGAAGAGAAUGCAUGAGGAGGCUUUUGACCUGCUGAACUUGGAAGACCGUCAGACGGACAACUGGCCGCUUACACUUCUCCUCUUCGAGGUCUUUGCCGCAAGUGCGCUUAGCCAUCGGAGAGUUACGCUGGGAGUCGGGGAGACGGUCGGCGUCAUCGCCCUCAACGUCGCCGUGGGAGCCGCUGGUGUCGGCAGCCUUUGGCGGCUCGCCUUGGGACUGAUUGAGGAGUACCAAAUCGCUGGGUUGCAUCCGACGGGGAUCACCUUCAAUGCUGCGCCCGGGCCAGAAGAUUCCGGGGCCAUGGGGGCAUUGGCGAAGCUGGGCCUUGACACGCAAAUGCGCCGCCAAGCCGUCGAGCGGACUGUUGUUAGCAGCUUGCCGGCUAUCGGCUAUGGCACCGCCAUCAACGCUGUUGCCACUCAGGGAGCAUGGCACUUGGCCCUGCACUUGCUGUCGGACUUCGAGCUGCACGCCAUGCCACCAGUGGCCCAGCUCUAUGUCACUGCUAUCGGACAUGCAGAGAUCCUUGCUGCAGGCUUCCAACUGGGCUUUGAUGCCGGUACCCGACACCUGGCUGCAGGCCAGAUGUUUCACGGAGUGGGCGCGGGAGUAUUUGGUCAAGCACCCUAUCGACCAGAAACACUUGCUGGACCACUACGUCCGGCCCGUGAGACCGUCAGCGCGGACGGGUGGGGCAACGGCUUUCGGCAGGAUCUGGAGAUAAAGGCCCGUGAGACCGUCAGCGCGGACGGGUGGGGCAACGGCUUUCGGCAGGAUCUGGAGAUAAACGAGAAAGACAAGUGUUGGGCCGUCGGGGUAGCACAGAACUGCUACAAAGUCGACUGGCCGAUCCAUGGACGAACUCUCAUGGGACUGGGCGGUGGCCGUGAACCAGUGAUAGGCUAUGACUUGACAAGGACCCUUAGCCCCGCUUCCCUUUCGUCACUCGGCGGCAUGUCUGAUGUGACAGUGGCUGCGCCGGUGACCGCGCCGGGCGUUGAAGUCCCAGUAGCCACCACGAUGACCGCGCCGGGCGUUGAAGUCCCGGUAGCCACCAUGAUGACCGCGCCGGGCGUUGAAGUCCCAGUCCCGGUAGCCACCACGAUGACCGCGCCGGGCGUUGAAGUCCCGGUAGCCACCACGAUGGUAAGGUGGUGGAGUGCCUGUCUGUCUGCUUUGGUUCCGGCUAGCGGACGCGGGGCCCAGGAACUCCUUGCAGAAGUGGGCCGAGAGGGGCUGCGGAUCGUGGCGGAUGAGCCGGGAAUCCCCUGGUGCCUCCGAGUCGCGCUGUGGAUGUCGUGGGCGGAACAGGGCAAGCCACGGCCCCUGCAGCUGAGCCAGCUCAGCCGAAACGCAGACAUGUCUUCGAACCUGGUAAAUGCAGAGCCUGCCAACUCAGGCAGAGUGCGGCUGCGUUCGGCCACGGCCUUGCAGCCGCGGCACAGGAAAGACGCCGUCGCCCAGCUGAAUGCAGAGAUCACCGCGGCCAGCCGAGGCAAGAACUGGCGCCAAGCACUUCGCCUUUUUCAAGGCUUCGAGGCGAGAAGCCUUCGAGCCGAUGGGAUCUCUUACACGGCUGACAUGGUGGUCUACACCGCCGCCAUCGCGGCAGCGGAGAAGGCCCACCACUGGCAGAUGGCUCUUUGCCUCCUCGAACAGAUGCUCCAAAGGCAGCUUGGCCUGGACGUCUACACCUGCAGCGCCGCCAUCAGCGCUUGCGAAGCACAGGGACGCUGGCGGGAAGCAGUGCUGCUUCUCUCCUCCAUGCGCAGCUGGCGCAGCCAGCCGAACGUGGUCAGUUUCAGUGCCGCUCUCAGUGCCUGUGAGAAGGCUGGAAAGUGGGCAUUGGCUUUCGAAAUCUUGGAAGAAAUGCAAGAGAGCAGUGUGGCACCAAACACGAUCACCUACAAUGCCGUCCUUUCUGCCAUCGAGAAGUCUGGACAGUGGGAGUUGGCCUUUCAGCUUCUCUUUGACAUUCCGGAGCCGAGUGCUAUCAGCUUCACAGCGGCUUUAGCCGCCUGCGAAUCUCAGAGUGCCUGGGAGUCCGCCCUUUGGCUGCUAUCGACUCGAAUGCCUGAGUCCAGGAUUGCUCCCAGUGUGUUAAGCUACGCCGCCGUGGAGGUGUGUUGCGAGGACAGCUACUGCCCUCGCCAAGUCGCCGAGCUGCUGUCAGAGGUCCGAGCUACUGCGGCUGAGACGCUUUUCCGGGCCUGGUCUUAG